CACGAGAGCGCGCGAAACCAUAUUUUCAUCGGAUCAUGAGAACAGCAACUCCUACUCCGUAUAUUUCCUUCGAAAUCAAGAACAGCAAACAAGGGUAUCUAAAAAAGACAUCCACCAAACUCAGACUACCUGCUCACACCAGCUGAUCGCUACGCAGCCCACCUCCCUCCAGCUCCCACGCUUCACCACCGCGCGACACAUCCACCAUCCACCAUCAACUCCUCAAUACACUCUGCUUUGGCUCAGGGCCACCCGGCCUCAUCCUCAUAGUACCCCGAACCGCUUGAAGACCUCUUUUUCUUGUCCUUCUUCCCCUUCACAACCUCUUCGACAACAGGGCCUGGGCCCACGGAUGCAGUGCCAGCAACAAUGCCAGUCGUGGAUGCUGCCUCGUCCUCAGUGGUAUCGUCCCUAUACCUGUCCCCAUCGUCCACAAACAGCCUGGCAUCCGGGUCUGCGCCAGAGAAGUCCUCGCUCUGCUUUCUCGACAGCCAAGACGGGGUCUUCCACUGCCACUUUGGCAUUGUGACAUUCGGAGCAGGAACCUCGGGCAACGCAACGCUUGGCACUGCGAAGGAAGGCGCAGAAACCGUCUCAUACCAUGGGAUAUCUGGCGUGUGCUCCGGCCUCAACCUGCCACCGCAGUGCGGGCAGUCAGGGUCAAGAACUUGCCAAGCGGUGUACUGGAUCAAGCCAUGAAUAGCCAAGCCAGCAAUCAGCUCUCUGAUUGCCAUGUAGAAAUGGAUGCCACUAUAUCUUCUGUCAGUAUACAUACUUUCCAAAUCAAGACAUUCUGGUCAAAACUCACAAGUUGACCAGCAAAGGAAUCGUUCCAUAUGCAGCCAGCAUCACCAACUCCGCCCUUCUCAGAUCAUCAACAACCUCAGGCCCAGGUUCAGGUUUCGGCACAUCGCCCCCAUCGCCACCCUCCUCCGCAGGCUUGCCACGAUGAUAAGGCUUUCCGGUGAUGGUCUCAAUAACCGUCAACCCCAACACAACCAACAACCCAGCCGCCAAGCCAGCAUCCACCAAAAAGAUUAGUAUCCGAUGGGUAAACACAGAGUCUUUCUCUUGUGCCUGAUCCUCGUCAUCAUCAGAAGGCGUGAUCCUCCCGCGAUGGCCGUGCUGGCCAUGCUGUCUCCCAUGCCCCUCAAUAUCAUCCCCAUACCCUUCCCCACUCACCGCCCUCUUCUGCCUCCUCUCCUUCUUCUUCAGCUGCAGCAAAAUAAAAACACCGACGCAAGCCGAAACAAAAAGCGGCGCGAGCCCAACAGCAGGAAUGGCAUUCUGGGAAAUCACCCCAUGAGCAAUCAGCAGCGGCAGGGCGGGGAGGAAAGAAAGCGCUGUGAUGAGGCGGGGUGUGCGUUGUUGUGGGGACAGACAGGAUGGGUUGUGGUACUGAGGCGGUCUGGGGUGAUUGGUGGUGGAGGCCAUUUUGUGUGUCUUGGUCAACGCAUCAAAUGGAUGCCGCCUUGUUGCUUCAAACGUCCCAUGAAGGAAAAAGAAAUACUGAAGAGAGAAGAGGCCGUUGGGCAGAAAAUUAUAUCUGCCAGAAGAGGGGUGAUUCGGUCAGGGAGGUUGGUGAUAAUGCACUUUGUGGUGCGGCGUGCUGCGUGGUGUGUUGUUUGCCUUUCCAAGUGGGGGGGAUUUCUCUUAUCGUGGGUUUUGGAGGGUAAGACAGGUCUUGGCGUAGACCCUUGGAGGGGUCGUUUUGGGAGGUUCUGGCCAAUGGGCAGGGGAUCACUGAUCAGGAAGUGGGCUCAAGGCGCUGUAGUAAUUUUCACGUGAGGAUGGGCCGUUGUGACUCUGCAGGAAGUGGGGACACGGGGAGAAUGACCUCUUUUUUGGGGAGGGAUGUUGGCUUGUGCUGAACCCCUGAAGUGGAUCGCGAAAGAAUAAACAAAGAAUUAUGUCGCUAGGGUAACAGAUAGGGGCAAGACUAACUACAAAUCAUUAUCAUACAAAGCAGAUUACCGACAUUAUGCUUACCUUAACAACCACCUUUUUCACCAAACCACUGUCAUAUACGAGCAUCUCGCUUCUGGGCUUCAGGAUGACCAGCAUCCGCCUUCAUCACCCCUUAUACCACGCCAACCCAGAAGUAAUCCACCCCAGCAAUUGAAACAGCGCAAACCACGAACCAGCAUCAGCCGCGACAUCCUGCCACUUCAUCGCAACAUCCUGCUGCGACACCUGCCUCUCGAAACUCGGAAACUGCAGAAACAAGCUCAACCAGCACAGCCCUGAUGCUCCCUUUGCAUCAGAGGUGUCGCACUGCAAAUCCAUCGAGGGUGUUGUCGAUAUGGAGAGGUGGUAGUCAUACGCCGGUGCAUGGCCCAACGCCUCGCGGUAGUUGAGUCCGAGAUUCAGAGCAGUCAUACCGUUGGCAUUGAUAAGAACCAUGCGGGUGUAGCCGUUCUCUAGUGCUUCUCGGACUGUCAAUGUUGGGUCGUAAACGGCGAUCCAGAGGCUGGGGGAGAGGACGCGGGAGGCGUCGGUGCGGGCUUUGGCGGUGUCAUCUGUUUUCUGUGUCAGCUUUCAGGUAUAUUCGUGAUUGAGGAAGGGGCUAACUGACAGGUAAAGAACGCUUGGACGAUCAUUUGGUAUGUUGGCAUUGGAGACACCAUCGAGAGGGACGACGUCAGAGUGAAGGCGCGGUAGCUGGUGUUUUGCCACUCAAAGUCUUCGAUUCUUUCACUCCAUCUGUUGCUGCAUUGGCAAGAUCCGGUGUAUGAUGUUGAAGUGAUAUCGCAGUCUGGGGCGGUUUCGUUGUGCCAUCCCAGGAAACACUUGGGGGGUGGCUCAACUUCGAGGUUGGCCUGCGAUGUCCAGUCGGCUCGUUGGAAGAGGGUGAUCGAGGGGAAGAGAACGCUGUCCUGCGAGGUUUCAAUACUGAUGAGACAGUGGUUCAAGAAUAGGGUGUGAAGUUGGGGGUGACCUACCACAGUAUCACGAUCAAACGUAAUAACGUUCCGCCUGCGCUCGGGAUCCCAGAGACUCCAGUACAGAAUGGGUAGCGUGACCGUCGCCGCGAACAGGGUUAUGACAGUGCUCCCCAAGUUGCGGCUAUACUUGCUUUUCAGUCGAAGCCACAAUGGCUUGUUGCUCUCAGUGGACGGCGAUUAUGACGGGAGAAGACGGUGCUAGUGCGAUCACCAGCGCACCGGAAAUGCUCAACCAAGCUAGCCAGCCGACCACAAACCAUCGAACACGAUGGCUCCGCAGAAUGGCCACCCGGUCGCUCUGCGAGGUCGGCAUUUGGGAUGGAAGGUCGGUUUGA